AGCUCCGGAGCCUAUUUCAGCAUCUUUUGGGGGUGGUGACAGAGCCGGGAGAGGAGCGAGCAGAGCCCCGGGGCCUGGUGUCACAGCCACCUGGGAGGGCGCCCCUACAGAGCCCGCUGGCCUGGCCUCGUGAAUGGGGAUUUAGCAGCUGGAAAGAUGGCUUCCUCCGCUGGUCCCCUGGACCCCAUUGGCAGCCUGGAGCUCCUAGAUCUCCUGUUUGAUCAGCAGGACGGCAUCCUGAGGCAUGUGGAGCUGGGUGAGGACUGGGACCACGUCGGGGACCAGGUCCUACCAGGCCCGGACUCUGACGAUUUCCUAAACUCCAUCCUGGCUCCUGGAGACUCGGUCCCCAGCUCUCCGAUCUGGUCCCCUGCAGCCAGUGACAGCGGCAUCUCCGAAGACCUGCCCUCCGACCCCCAGGACACCCCUCCCCGCAGUGCAGCCGCCGCCACCCCCGCCGGCUGCCACGCCCUGGAGUCUGGCAAGGGCCUCUGUGCCUCCUACCACCCCGGACCCCCUUGCCUUGCCGGCGGCCCCGGACCAGCGACCCAAGCCCUGGAGGCCUCUGUGGCCAUAGACUUGGAAAUGUGGAGCUCAGGCCUCGGUUCUGAGGAGCUGGGGGAGCUUGCAGGCCCGCCUCCGUGCUGCAGCCUCACGGUGAAAGACCUCCUCCUCUCCGGCAGCGGCGCGGACCUGCAACAGCAUCACCUGGCAGCCCCCCACCUGUUGCGACCUGGGCCCGAGCAGUGCCAGGAGCUGGUGCUGACAGAGGACGAGAAGAAGCUUCUGGCCAAAGAAGGCAUCACCCUGCCCACCCAGCUGCCCCUCACCAAGUACGAGGAGCGAGUGCUGAAAAAAAUCCGCCGGAAAAUCAGAAACAAGCAGUCGGCCCAAGAAAGCCGGAAAAAGAAGAAGGAAUAUAUUGAUGGCCUGGAAACUCGGAUGUCAGCCUGCACUGCCCAGAACCAGGAGCUUCAGAGGAAAGUCUUGCAUCUCGAGAAGCAGAACCUGUCUCUCCUGGAGCAGCUGAAGAAACUCCAGGCCAUUGUGGUCCAGUCCACCAGCAAGUCAGCCCAGACAGGCACCUGCCUAGCGGUCCUGCUGUUCUCCUUUGCCCUCAUCGUCCUGCCCUCCAUUAGCCCUUUCGUCGCCAACAAAGCCAAGCACGCCGGAGACUACGCACCUGUUCGAGUUUUCUCCAGAACUUUGCACAACGACGCUGCAUCUCGUGUGGCCCCCGACGCCAUACCCGGCUCCGAGGCCCCAGGACCACGGCCCAAGGGUGGCACACCCCAGGAAGGGUCUCCCGGCAGCCCCGUGGCGGACUGGGAAUCUCGCACAUCGGCUCUGGACAACUGGACAAAGGGGCUGGACAACUCGACCCCGAUCUCGGACAACUCAACGCUCACCCUGCGCAACUCGACACUCAUCCCGGACAACACAACUCUUGUCCCAGACAAUGCGACACUCAUCCUGGGCAACGACUCGGAGAAACUGAACCCGCCAGCCACCUUGCUGGGCUGGACUGCGCCUGAGCCAACGCUCAGCUCUGGGCGGGUGGGAUUGGAGGCAGCGGGGGAGGAGCUGUGAGCAGCAUCGGGACGUGCCCCCCGCCCCCCAGCCCCUGGGCUGAGGGGCCCUUGUGUGGACAGCGACGGGCAAGGGGGUGAGAGGCGAGACCUGGCGGAGGAGCCGGGAUGCAGACGCACAAACUGUACACUCACGGACCCAGAGACGCACAGAGCACGCUCAGACACGGGGCGGCCACAGGGCCACAAAGCCUGAGAAAUACACAGACCCAGGCGGAGGCCAGGCGGACACACGCACACACCCCGCGCCCCCGCAGCUCGCCUGCCCGGGACUCCUCCCUGCGCCUGCACACAGGGAAGAGAAACCCGCGGACUCUGCAGGGACCCUGACCCCGGAACCACGGCCCACGGCCACCCCUCUUUUCUAAGAUUGUAGAGAUCCUUAGUAAAGUAUUUUGGCAGAACA